GAACUAUCAGAAAGUUAUAAGUAUAGAACUUGGUACUUUCAGCAUCCAACAGUAUUUCCCCACCCUGUAUCGUUGAAUCGUCGACCAGUCUGUGUUUUGGUGCAAGUACGCAGAAGGAUAACAAGACGUUUUAUUCGUGUGAAGGCUGUAUCAGUUCAAGACAUUGUGAAACCUUAAGGUAGCAUUUUUGAAUGCUGUCACCAGGUGUUGUCCAGUAGGACGUCCUGGCAAGACAAGGGACGCUGUCUGGUACUGUACGGUGUGCCAUGUUGCACAACGAUGUACGUGACACUGCUGUUAGCGCUUCUGUUGGCACUUGUUACACCAGAGAUUGAGGGGCAAGAAGCCCGGUACACCGAGGUCCCCAGAGAGACCACUGUCGUGGAGGGGGACAACGUUACAUUAAACUGUAGCGUCGAGAAUAUCACAAACGACACGUCAGUCAAGUGGUUCGGUCCGCCAAAUUACCACUUCAGGACAGAGGGCAGAAACUCUGGACACCCCAGAUACACGAUUGUCGGGGACCCGUCUGAAGGUGAGUACAACCUUCACAUCACUAACGCCAGCAAGUCGGACAAUGGGCGGUUUCGGUGUUGGGUACGGGAGGUGCGACAGGACCCUGCCGAGGCCACCCUGACCGUUAAGGACAGGAUGACAAGCGCUGCCUCAAGCCUACAAGGUUUCUAUCUGAAUUUUCCGGUCAUCAUAUUGGCUAUGCAGUGCUUCGCUAAAGCAUACGUUGUGAAUUAAGAUCACAGGGACUUUAUGAUACGCCUUGAUGCAAGGCAGAGUAUAAUAUUAUAUAUUUUUAAAAUGCAUAUAAAUAUAAUAUGUAAUUGUGUCGUAAAUAUAUAUUAUAUAUAACUGUGUCCUAACCGAAAUUCUGGCGUUAUCAAUCUUGACAAGGAAGAGUACAGUAUGCACCCUUUUGACUCGCAACAUAACGGUGGAGAUCACAAUGUAUAGUACCAUUGUCAAUAUUGUAUUAUAAGUACAUGUAUAUUUGUUAACAUAGACAAAGAGGCUGGGCCUUAAGGUCUUUGCACUGCCAUAGAAACGUCAAGAUAAUUCUAGUAUAUCAUACGUUUAUAUAAAAGUCAAUAUGUAUAGUAAUUUUAUGAUUUAUAUAAUUGCAAGUAUAACUUUCGGUUGGGGGCAAGUAGUAGUGAUUUUUAAAUUGCCCGACCGAAUCCUAUGUCUGAGUAAUGUUUCUAUGAUGCAUAUGUAUGACAUUUCUUCGGUAGAAGCUACUCACUGUCCAUAACAUUUGGUAGCAACUGGAUUACAUGUUACUACUUUGUAGAGAUGAGUUCUCUACAUCUACAUAUACUCCUACAGCUGGACUCAAUGGGUAUCAAGCAGGUGGAAUUAACAUUGUGAAAUAUUACAUAAAUUUUGCCGUUGAGAGAGACCACGUGUACAUUUAAACUAUAAAAUUUGAUUACACGUACUACAUCUAUGUCAUGUUUUCGAGAAAGUUUGUUCAAUAUAUCAUUUCACUGCCCAGACUACAUUGGUAUUCUACUGCAAUGUUUUUCUCCAGGCUGAAUUAAAAGCCUUUUUUGGUGAAAUAAAAUACUACGUUCAGCUCUUCACUGCCACUUACCACUAUUAAAGAAUACAUUAACUGUGUAUUUUCGUUCAUUAGGUUGAAACUAACUAUAAGUAAAGUACAGACGGCCUUGAAAAUAAAGAACACACAAGGCAAUGGUGUAUAAUGUGUACAAAUGUAUAUCAUUUGAUGGCCUUCGUGUCUAAUGCAAAACCACAAUGUCCCUGUUUUUUGCUGUCGUAUGAACUGCUUGUAUCUCCUGUUAUUACAUAGCUCAAAAAGUGAGCUCAUAUAGAUACACCAUAGAUCUUCAAAUACUAAUGUCAACAAAAAAGUAAAAUGUCUUAAAUAAACGUCUUACAUUACAGGCCAAGGUCGAGGGGAAAAGGGAAAAGCCAAUCGCGUUUGAAAUGUUACGAAGUGUUAAGUAAAGACCUUAACCCACCCCCUACCAUUGAACUUGGAGAAUGACCGUACAGUCGUUUUCACACUUGUACUUCUUUCUAAGUCGUAAGCAGUUUCGUACAGUGUAAGAAAUGAUAUGGCUUCUAAGGUAUACAUACACAUCACUGAAUAACACAUACAUACAACAUGAUCUAACUAAUAAUACUAAGUGAAAUGUGAAUGUUCACCAAUAUGAGCAAUGUAUGUCUGACUUGAUUUACGAUUGUACAAUAGACAGUAGCGGAUAUGUACAGCGUUAUUCGACUGGUCCAUUAUUUCGAAAUGAGAGUGAAGCCAAUCAAAAGUUAUCUACCAUAGAAGUUAUCUACCAUAAAUCUAUCCCGAUUACAUGGUAUGUCUGAAGAAUUCAACAGUAAAAUAAAAACAACAAAGAACUGUAAUAUCUG